GAAGUGGUAAGCCCACCACCACCAUCCCUCAAAACUCAAAUGCCAGAUUUGGGCUUUUCUCUUCUUCUCCCUCUCUCUACCUGCUUUCAGUCAUCCAUCGGGUCCUCCCCCGUCUCUUCUUCACCUCUCUCUCUCUUCCCCAAUUCCAUUCUUCCUCCCUCAUCACAAACCCUAACCCUAGCACCUUUCCCCAGAAAAAUUUCCGCUUUCCUCGCACGAUUCGCUAUUCUACCUUUCCUCCGGGCAAUCGAUCAUCAGCCGAUUUGAUCUGUAAACCUUCUCAUUCCGAUCUGUUGUAUUCUGAUUCGAAAUCCCCCCCCGUUUGUUUUCAUAGUUUCUAAAGAGCUUUUAUUUCUAUCAGCCAUGGCCAGCUCUAAAUCACUAUGAUGACAACCAUCGGGCCCAUAGGGUUUUUCAUGUUUCUAGGGAACCGUCACAACCAAUUGCAUGGGUUUGAGCAAUGCCUGAGCUUCGCCGAGGUGUACGCAGAGGGCGCGCAGGGUUAGCGCCUAAGAAUAAACGACAAUCGGAGGAGCCUCCCGUCACCCCUGUUUGCGCGAGGGCCGCUGUUGCUAGAGAGGCUAAGAAGAGGCCGAGGACGAGAUUGCAGGCGAGGCGACUGAAGGAGAAGGAAGAGCAGGAGAAUAAUAACGGUAGGGAGGUAGACAACGACGAGGUAGCUGUGAUAUCGGAUAGAGAAGAAGAGAGCGAAGGGAAAGAAGAAAAUUUGGUUCCUGUUAUCGACCUUGAAGCAGAAGGAGGAGUUAGAGUUGGUGGGAUGGGUGACGAUAGUGGUGGCUUGAGUGCUAACAAUGCCGCUGGACAGGAAGAAGAGGGGACUACUGUUCCCUUCCCUGAAAGGGUUCAAGUGGGAGGGUCACCUAUGUACAAGAUAGAAAGAAAGUUGGGCAAAGGUGGAUUCGGUCAAGUGUUUGUUGGCCGUCGUCUCAGUGGUGGGAGUGACCGUGGUGGAAUGGGCCCUGGCGCCACAGAGGUGGCUGUGAAAUUUGAGCACCGAAAUAGCAAAGGCUGUAACUAUGGCCCCCCUUACGAAUGGCAAGUUUACAACACUCUUGGUGGUAGCUAUGGGGUGCCGAGAGUGCACUUCAAAGGAAGGCAUGGAGAUUAUUAUGUAAUGGUUAUGGACAUGUUAGGACCAAGUCUGUGGGAUGUUUGGAAUUCUUCUGGUCAAGCGAUGACUGCGGAAAUGGUAUCUUGUAUAGCUGUUGAAGCUCUUACUAUCCUAGACAAAAUGCACGCACGCGGUUAUGUGCAUGGAGAUGUAAAGCCAGAGAACUUUUUACUCGGUCAGCCUAAUACACCACAGGAGAAGAAACUGUUUCUUGUGGACUUGGGUUUAGCGACAAAGUGGAGAGACAGUGGCAGUGGGGAGCAUGUUGACUAUGACCAACGUCCUGACAUGUUUAGAGGGACUGUGCGAUAUGCUAGUGUUCAUGCUCACCUGGGAAGGACUGCUAGUCGGAGAGAUGACCUUGAAUCUCUGGCUUACACACUCAUUUUCCUACAUCGAGGCAGGUUGCCAUGGCAAGGCUAUCAGGGUGACAACAAGUCCUUUCUAGUUUCUAAAAAGAAAAUGGCAACAUCUCCAGAGAUGCUAUGCUGCUUUUGCCCACAACCUCUGAAACAAUUUCUCGAGAUUGUAGUCAAUUUGAAAUUUGAUGAGGAACCAAACUACUCCAAGCUUAUUUCUUUAUUUGAAGGCUUAUUAGGGCCAAACCCAGCUAUAAGGCCUAUAAACACAGAGGGCGCUCAAAAGAUCAUCUCUCAAGUUGGUCAGAAGCGUGGUAGGUUAAAUAUCGAGGAAGAUGAUGGGCAGCCACGGAAGAAGGUUCGCCUUGGAGUUCCUGCUACACAAUGGAUCUCAGUGUAUAAUGCUAGGCGGCCAAUGAAACAGAGUGCUUCAGUAUGUUUCUUGUUUACUGAUGGCACCAUUACAAUUUGGUUGCUGAUAUUGGUUAAAAUAUGGUUUAAUGAUGCUCAUGGUUUUCGACGACUCGUGUGCGUUUCAAUCAGGUACCAUUACAAUGUGGCUGAUGGAAGGUUGGCACAGCAUGUGGAUAGAGGAAUUGCAGAUGGUCUUCUUAUAAGUUGCGUGUCAUCGUGUUCCAAUCUUUGGGCAUUGAUUAUGGAUGCAGGAACUGGUUUUACUAGUCAGGUUUACGAACUGUCCCCUUUUUUCUUACACAAGGAAUGGAUUAUGGAACAAUGGGAGAAGAACUACUACAUUAGUUCAGUUGCUGGUGCGAAUAAUGGAAGCUCCCUAGUGGUCAUGUCUAAAGGGACUCAAUACACCCAACAGUCUUACAAAGUAAGCGAUUCAUUUCCCUUCAAGUGGAUCAACAAGAAAUGGAAAGAAGGAUUCCAUGUGACCUCAAUGGCCACUGCUGGUUCCCGCUGGGGUAUUGUCAUGUCUCGCAAUGCUGGCUUCAGUGAUCAGGUUGUGGAGCUUGAUUUUCUGUAUCCUAGUGAAGGCAUACACCGAAGGUGGGACGGUGGUUUCCGAAUCACUUCCACAGCAGCUACUUCCGAUCAAGCUGCUCUAAUUUUGAGUGUCCCUAGACGCAGACCUAAUGAUGAAACUCAGGAGACUUUGCGUACGUCUCAAUUCCCAAGUACACACGUGAAGGUAAGCAAAUGCUCUUCCCUGAAAAAUGGGCAAAGAACCUGUACCUGGCGUGCAUCUGCUAUGGGCGGACUGUUUCAUGAGAUCCUAAACCAGCUGCUGUUGCAAAUAAACGAAAUUCGAGCAGGGCACUAUUGUUGUUGUUCGGAUGGUGUGCUGGAGCUCUCUUUCAUUUUGCGGUUGCAUUGCCAUGUAUAGAAUGACGUAGGGAGUGUUGACGAGGCUGCUGCGAUGCAACGUUGGGGUUAUUGAAGGAGAGCAAGCUGUUUAGGUGUGCUGUGCGCUGUAUGAAGGUGUUAUAUGUCAUUGUUCGAUUCUAGGACAUGUAAUUUUAGCUAUUGAAGACGAAUUAUUAUGCAUCUUAUUUGUUUUUGUAUGCACAAAAUGUUCACUGGAGGUUGUGCUAAGACAUGCUCACGCAUUCACUCGAGUAAGAAAAAUUGUUGCUAUCUAUUGAAAUGUGAUCACCUAGUAUGAGCUUCCUUUCAUUUACAAAUUUGAAAUUUGCCUUUUCCCACCAUAAGGAUCUUGAAAGGACAUAAAGCC